AUGACAACUCAACAACUUUUAGCCAUCGCUGGACACGUUUACCUGAUAAGUCCUCAUUCUGGUGCUUAUAAAGAAUACCUAAACGAAGACUGGACGGCAACGAAUGCUGGAGCCUUGGUUUCCUCCACACAAAAAGUCUAUGUGACAACCUCGUUUAAUAACCUGUGGGAAAUAGAAUUAAAAGAAAAUAUUGGGAUAACGAGAAAAAUAAGUUGGGAUGGAUGGGGCACGUGUAAUGCUUUGGUCACCGUCGCGAAACCUGGUGGUGUUACACAUGAUUUAUUCGCUUUCUGCCAUAAACUGUGGUUAAUCGAUGACGUGAAUACCGGUCAUUGUACUGAUUUCUUGGGAGGAUUUGCUGACCUAUGGGCGAGAGUGAAUGCAGCAGCCAGCAUUGGUCAUAAAAUCUAUGCUACCACAUCUGCCAAUAAUCUAUGGGUUGUUGAUACUAUCGAGAAACAAGUAAUUAAAUUGGGUGGUGGAUGGGAUAAUUGGUCUACCUGCGGGGCAUUAGUUGGAAUAAAUCAAGUGUUAUACGCGUUUUGCCAUGGAUUGUGGUUAGUUGAUGCGAAUACCGGCAAAUAUACAUCAUUUUUUGAGGGAAGUGAUGAUCACGAAGGAGCCAACCGAUCGUGGUCAGAUGUUAAAUGCGCUACCGCGAUUGGAAAUAAUAUUUAUGUGAUUACUGGAAGUCGAUUGGUCGAGAUUGAUACCAUUCAGAAAAGAGUCAGGCAGGUAAGUGAUACUAAUUGGGGAAAAACCAAAGUCUUGUUAGCAGUUGAUCGAGACGUAGUUGGUGACGUAUAG